AUGAUCAAGCGCGCGAAGCGCAUGGCUCUUGACCAUUUUACAGUAGAAUGAUCUUUAGUAGCCUACUCUUCUAAAUUUUACGAAUGCUAACACCAGAGGUAGCGCGAAGAUGGACAUGAUUAUUCGUCAUAAAUUAUCAUGAAUGAAUCAGUUAGCCGGCUUCUGCACGCGAAGUCUGAUCUGUAAGUCUGAUCAGUCUUGUGUUAGAUAGCAGCGUGUUCAUCGUCUGCCAAAAGGGGCAUCUCGAGGUAGAGGUUCACACAGCCUGUUUGUCCACAUGGCGGAGAUGAAUGGAGUUGCGAUGAAUGUGGAGGAGCACUUCCAGUCUAUUGAGGAUUCCCGCAACCGCACUAGAAAUAGAAAUAGCCAUGCUAGCCCUAGCCCAACAGGACAUGCUAGCCCUAACGGCCGAGCUAGUCCAAGUGGACGUGCCAGCCCCACGCAAAGUGCGCAUUUAGGACGGACUAGUAUUGUGAAAAUCACGGAUAGUAAAAAGGCUAAAAAGGUACGGUUUUACAGAAAUGGAGAUAGAUUUUUCAAAGGGAUGAUUUACGCUGUUAGCCCUGAAAGAUUCCGUACAUUUGAGUCGUUGUUGGUGGAGUUAACGGGAAGUCCUUUAUGUGACAAGGACAUAUUGCCAAAUGGAGUACGCAGUAUUUUUACCCUCGAUGGGUCGAAGAAACUUACGAGCUUGGACCAGUUAGAAAAUGACGAGAGUUACGUUUGUGCAUCGGGAAAUAUGUUCAAGAAAUUCGAUUAUACUCGCAGUCUCCAUCGGAAUUGGAGCCCGAAUGUUAACGUCAAGGCAAACGACGUUGAAGGAUACAUGCCAUUGCCAGAUAAAGGGCCCGGUGAACAGAGAGACAAUAUCAAACCUAAACUCGUGACGGUGAUUCGAAAUGGUUCCAAGCCCCGGAAGGCUGUUCGUAUUCUCCUGAAUAAGAAGACGGCACGAUCGUUUGAUCAAGUGUUGACGGAUGUUACAGAGGCGAUCAAGCUUGAUUCUGGUGCUGUCAGGAGAAUUUAUACUCUGAGUGGAAAAUUGGUUGCCAAUCUGAAUGACUUCUUUGGCGAAGAGAGUAUCUUUGUGGCUUAUGGAUGUGAAAAACAAGUCAUGGAUGACUUUGACUUGGACGAUAACGAGCUGAAAUUUGUUGGUGCCUAUCGCCUUGGCAAGCCAAAGGAGCGAGUGACCUUGGGGUCAAGGUCGCCAAAGUCAGUCAGGAGAGCAUUGUCAUCAUCAACGAGAAGCUUGAAUGAAGCUUCGAUAGAUUUAACACGAAGUGCACCAAACUCACCCAUGUUCAGACGAAAACCGAAACUGUCGACCCCAAACCCCAAGUCACCUGUGAGAAGCAAGGCCAAUGGAUUUAGUCACAUGAACGGAAAUACAAGGUCCCCCAUACAUAGUGCCACGCCACCUAGUAACCUUGCAGAGAAAUAUGAGAUCGGCCAACUGAUCGGUGAAGGAAACUUCGCUAUCGUGAAAAGCUGCAUCGAGAAAAAGACAAACAAGAAAUUUGCCUUGAAAAUGAUCGACAAGACACGGUGUAAAGGAAAGGAACACAUGAUUGAGAAUGAGGUGAACAUCCUUCGUCGGAUGCAACACCCAAACAUCGUCACCCUGGUGGAAGACUUUGAGACAAAUACUGAACUCUAUCUCGUCAUGGAGUUUCUGAAGGGAGGUGACCUUUUUGAUGCCAUAUCCACCUCGACCAAGUACACAGAGCGCGAUGCCGUCAACAUGCUACACAACCUGGCGUCUGCUCUCAAAUAUCUCCAUUCCUUGAACAUCGUCCACCGAGAUAUCAAACCAGAGAACUUAUUGAUCUGUGAAUAUGACGACGGAACGAAAUCGUUAAAGCUAGGAGACUUUGGCCUCGCUACUGUCGUUGAUGGGCCUCUACGCAUCGUCUGUGGAACACCCACGUACGUUGCCCCUGAAAUUCUUGAGGAAGAAGGAUAUGGCUUGAAGGUUGACAUCUGGGCUGUUGGUGUCAUUACAUACAUUCUGCUUUGUGGAUUCCCACCUUUUGUCAGUGCUACAAACAACAAUGAUGAACUCUUUGACAAAAUCAUGUCCGGUCACUACGAAUUCCUGUCGCCCUUCUGGGACGACAUCUCGGACUCGGCCAAAGACCUCAUCUCUCACAUGCUAGACGUCAAUCCCCAGACACGUUACUCUGCUGAACAGGUGUUAGCCCAUCCGUGGGUCGCUGACGACACGGCCAAGGACAAUGACCUCCACGUGACAAUCUCCAAGGAGAUAGGUCUGCACUUCAACCGGAAGAAGAAGGGAGACCCCAGUGUUAAUGUGAUUGCUAUUACUGCCUUGGACAAAGCAUCACGCUAUUUCCAGCCACCGAAGCACAGCCAAGCCGUUUGUAAUGGAGAUCAAGAGGUAGAUGAGGUAUUCUAAGUGACUUUCACUAGGACACAAACAUUGAUGGUUAUAUUCAUGGAUUGCUAUUGUUAAGGAUGCUCUUCUUCUACAGAGAGACUAAUGGCAUGCGUGGUGACUUCAGCAUAGCUAUUUAGUUUUAGCAGUCCUUCAUAGAAGCGUGGAAACUGAUCCCUGUGGUCACUUACCCCAUGGUUCCUACAUAGUUGCCAUCCCCUGGGACCCCUCAAAAUUUGACGCAAGGGUAAAGAGCAUUUCAAGCAAUCACAGCAAUAAUCAUAAUGCCUCCACAGGUGGGGGCAGUUGGCUUAUUGUUAUAGAUAAACUGUUCAUUCCGAACAAACACAAACUGAAAUCUCUAAAACAAUUCGCAAUGUGUUUUAAAUAAGUGGCACGGCAGUGUCUCUGGCCAGCUUGGAUCAACUGGUAGAAUGCAGGGGCCAAUGAUGUUGAGUGCUUGUUUACAUCUUUCCUCACAACCAAGUAUCAAUGUUCAUGAAACCAAAAUUACUGAUAGCAGCUAUGAUACCUUUUUGUGUGUUCCUGUAUUCAAUAAAAUAGUUGUAUAUUUUUUAUUGUUGACCUUCUGGAAUUAAUCGUAUUGAUCAAAGCCUGGGCUGAACGUUUGAAAGACCCAUUAUUAUUAUCAUUUGUUGUUACAUAAUAAUAAGAUUGUAAAAAAUUGGUAAUAUAUAACAUUGAUGUCUUUUGUGUGGAAAUAUUACUGAGCUUGAAAUGUUGAGCUUUUGGUGUAAUCAUGUUCAUAUUGGUUUUGAAUUGGCAAUCACUUGUGGUGAGUUCUCAAACUCUUAAAGUGAACAUUUCUCGAGCUAUUCAAUGCCUCUCCAGUUCCUGUGAAUACUGAGUAUCAAAAUACUCUUUAAUUUGAAUGAUGCUAUAAAUGGUUUUAAGAAAUGUUUUUGCUGUCCAUAAAGCUUACACUUGCACUGCUGUAAUUUGUAAAUGCUAAAUGCUUAUACUGUAAAUGUCUAAUUGUAUCAUUGAUAAUUGUUGCGUAAAGACAAAUUUGUUGUCCUAAGAUUUAAUUGUUGCGGGGUGAUGUCUUUAAAUUUACAUUCUUUUGAGCUGAUUUACUUUUUAAGAUGCACAAUUUCAAUCAAAGCCGGCCAUUGACUGUGACUGCUUUGCCGCGAACUCUUAAGUUUUUUGAUAUCAACUGGACUGCUUGUGGUUAGAACCAAUGCUAUUCUGUAUGUAAAUCCAUCCAAAUAGAGACAUGAGGAUCAGCCGAUAGGGCCCCAGGAAAAUGUUUCCUCGGUAAUCAUGGUAGAAAAAUGUACUGGUACAAGAUGGGCAUCUGUGGUUUCGCAAAGAUAAAUCAAUACAUUGUACUUUUAUCCACAUUGGUACUUGAUUAAGAUUUACUACCAGUACUGUCGUUUCUACUGCUAAGCAAUAUGACAUACAAGCUAGUACCUCAAAGCUGCUCAUAGUGCAUGUGACCUUUAUAUUUGAGUGGGUCAGUACUUUGUCACCCAGGUGAUGAUUAAGUACUGUGACCUUAAAGUGUCCUUAUCCUGUCAUCCAAAUGUCCUUCAGUCAAUUCUCAUGGGCAGUGAAAAUGUAACUCCUACUUCAUGUUUCUUGAAUAGUAGGCCUAUGUGACCCGACAUUCAAAAUGGGAAGGCACAUCAGAUAAUCCUAAUCAUUGCUGUGUUUCUCUUAAAACAAGUGAGCCUUUGUCUUGCUUAUUGGCUCUUCCUAUUGGUUGUGCCGGGGGGGGGGGGGGGCAUGCCAUGGAGACAAUAGAAACAACCACCACAAGUUCACAAAAGAACAGCCUGUGAAUACACAGCUUUCUGUGUGCUUGGAUUAGGCUACUUAAGUCAGAAAUAUCUCCAGCAUUGUUAAGCCAAUGGAUGUUGUCAGCAAUUAAGAUUUUGAACAAUUGAACUCCAUUCUUUCAAUCAGUUAAUGAUCAUUUUCAGUCACAUGUUCCUGUUAAUACUCUCUGGUAUGUGAACACAAUAGUCCUUUUCUCAUGUCAUUAUAGAUACUUUGAUUAAGUUGAGUUAGACAGGCCGGGCCUGUGUUGAGAUAUUCUUAAUCACUUAAAAAAACCAUUGUCUGUACUGAGAUUUUUUUAAAAGUAUCUUCUCUCAGUCAGUUGUACACUAAGCCAAAGUAUUGGCUAUUAAGAUAACUUUGUGUUAAACUAGAAUGAACAAAUAUAUUGAUAUUUAUUCACAUUACUCUGCUGGCACAUUUAAAUGGGGAUAACCAGGUUGUUCAUGUAGCCUCCUUAUCAUUUUAUAUGAAGUUUGCAUGGUAUCAUACCCAUUAUCUUGUGAUAAGGGGGCUUACCGACGGUAAACAAUCAAACCCAAUUCCGACAUCAAAUUGAGAGGCAGAAAUGGCUACAUUUCUUGGUAGUACAACUUUGGUUAGUAUGGAUAAUCCCAAUUUAGAUGAGCUGGCAAAGAAUUUAACUUAUUACUCCCUGUGUUACUUGUAACAUGUAUCUCUUCAUGCCAAAUCAUCAUAAAUUAAGUCAUUUUGUCUGUAUGUCAGAUUGUAUUUGUAAAUGUUUUACAUGUAAUGUCGGAAUAAAAGUAGCAUUUUGCAACAAUUAAACUUC